UAAAGUGUUCUAAACAAAAUGGCGAACAUUCAUUGGUAGUGAAAUGGAUUGACAGAAGGAUAUUUUGUAUGCACACUAUAAAAUAUCAUGGCGGAUAUAAACGUGGAUGUAUCGCAGCUCCCAGAAGAUGUAAGACGAAAGCUUGCGGAGCUUAAUUUGGAGUUAUCGGAGGGGGACAUAACUCAGAAAGGAUAUGACAAGAAAAGGAGCAGACUCCUGUCCCCUUACAACGUACAGCCACCGCCACAGGACACAGGCCCCAGUGCUCCGAGUCCACAGACAGCAGCCCAAAGGAAGGCUCACCGGAGACUUACGCGCGAGGACAACAGAUAUCACUCCGAGAUCCGUACGGAAGCUGUGAUGCAGGCUCUGGCCAUGUCCAAGCGCGGCCCUGUGAUGCCCCUCCCCUCCAAACGCACGUCUGUCAAUUACCAGGGACAACAGCGACACCGGGACAGGCAGGAUUCUUCCUCGGAUGAUGAUAGCAUAUUUGGGGAAGAGGUAUCCCGGGACUUUAACCGCGGCGGUCGUUUCCGUGACAGUGGCGCAAGUUCGUCGUCAUUUUCUGACGCUGGGGCAUCACCACAUCACCAAGGAGGGCGAGGAGAGCGACCACACAGUGCGGCGUACGCCAUACCAGGAAACACGUCACGCCAAGCCUUGGCAGAUGUUCUCCAGAGCUCCAGACAUUCACAACCAAUCCCACAGCAACCAGAUGUCACUAACAAUGCCAAGAGUAUGCGCCAAGCAGAUCGCGUCGGCCAUUAUGCUCCCGCUCACCUCUCAUCCGUGCGCAUGACAUCCACUGGUCAUGUUUCUGGUCUCCAGGACGAUGGUCCACGCCACCAAGGUAAAGUUUCAGCUAAAAUUCAACAGCUGCUUAACACAUUGAAGAGACCGAAGAGAAAACCGCUGAAAGAUUACUUCGUGGAAGAGGAUGACGCUUUAGAAGCUCCUCAGCCUGACCCUAACGCCCCAAAACCAGAGGGCAGCACCCUCACACCAGUACCCGGAGAACAGCUGGUCGUGCCGUCUGGCCUUCCCCGUAACCUUGAAGCAGCACUACAAAGAUACGGGUCCUCUACAUACAAGGCCAACGCUGUUACGGUCCUCGACCAGAACGGGAAACCUUCCAUCAACCUCACUUACGGAAAGCUGCUGAGUCGUACACAUAAAAUUGCCUACACCAUGCUCCACAAGGUGGGGCAGAAAGGCGAGGGAGGAAUAAAACCUGGUGACCGGGUGGCGCUGGUGUAUCCAAACAACGACCCGAUCUCGUUCAGCUGUGGGUUUUAUGGCUGUCUGCUGGCUGGUGUGGUGCCUGUCCCUGUGGAGGUUCCAUCUUCACGACGGGACGCAGGAGGACAAGGUAUAGGUUUUCUCCUGGGCAGUCUGAACGUCCAGUGGGCCCUUACCUCGGAGGCUUGUCAUAAAGGCAUGAGUAAAUCAUCCAACGGCGAUGUGGCAGCCUUCAAAGGCUGGCCUAAGCUUAGCUGGUUCAUCACAGAUCAUCUAAGUAAACCUCCUAAAGACUGGCACCCUCCUCCAAAACAGUCAGAAGAUGUCCCUGCUUAUGUAGAGUAUACACAGAGUAAGGAGGGGAGUACAGUAGGGGUGAAGGUCACCCGCAGUGCUAUGUUGUGUCAUUGCCAGACACUUACAGUAGCCUCCAACUAUACAGAAGGUGAAGUGAUGGUGUGCGUUCUAGAUUUCAAAAGAGACGUUGGCCUAUGGCAUGGUAUUUUAUGUAGUGUAUUUAAUGGCAUGCAUGUGAUAUUUAUACCUUAUUCCCUGAUGAAGAUUGACCCAGCGUCCUGGAUGAAAAUGAUAACAAAAUAUAAAGCUUCCGUUGGAAUUGUCAAGUCGCGAGACAUGCACUGGGGCCUGUUGGCACAGAAGGACCACAAGGAUGUCAACUUUAGUUCUCUACGGCUGCUGCUGGUGGCUGACGGGGCCAAUCCGUGGUCCCUGACAUCAUGUGAUGCCUUCCUCAACGCGUUCCAAAGUAAGGGUCUGAAGUCGGAGGCGAUCUGCCCGUAUGCCAGUUCCUCAGAGGCCCUCACUGUCUCCAUCAGAAGGCCUGGUAAGACGAGUGCCAGUAAGACAGGACGAGGUAUCCUGUCAAUGCAGGGUCUAAGUCACGGCGUGGUGCGGGUCGACACUGAGAAUAGCCUCACUUCACUCACGCUUCAAGACUGUGGCCAGGUCAUGCCAGGAGCUGUGAUGGUGGUAAUUAAAAUAGAAGGACCGCCGAUACUUUGUAAGACGGACGAGGUUGGCGAGCUGUGCGUAUGUUCUGGUUACGCGGGCACCGGGUACUGGGGCCUACAGGGAAUCACUAGUAACACUUUCCAGAUUCAGCCCUUCCACGGUGACGGCCGGUCUGCCGGGGAGAAGAUGUAUGUGAGGACCGGACUUCUCGGCUUUCUGGGUCCCGGAGGUCUGGUGUUUGUGUGUGGCAGUAAGGAGGGUUUGAUGAGUGUCUCGGGUCGCAGACAUAACACAGAUGACAUCAUCGCCACGGUGUUAGCAGUAGAACCAAUGAAAUUCAUAUACAGAGGGAGGAUUGCAGUAUUUUCCAUACCAGUGCUGAAAGAUGAGAGAAUUGUGAUUAUCGCAGAGCAGCGACCUGAUUGUACAGAGGAAGAGAGUUUCCAGUGGAUGAGUCGAGUUCUCCAGGCGGUAGAUAGCAUACACCAAGUAGGGGUGUAUUGCCUAGCUCUAGUCCCUCCAAACUAUCUCCCCAAGACACCACUUGGUGGUAUUCAUCUCCACGAGACAAAGAAGAAAUUCCUGGACGGAUCUUUACACCCGGCCAAUGUGUUGAUGUGUCCUCAUACGUGUGUAACCAACCUCCCUAAACCUCGGGAACACCGGCCAGAUGUCACGCCCUCCGCUGUACAUGUAGGGAACAUAGUACAAGGGGCUCGCAUGGCCUGGGCACAGGGGAGAGAACUGAGCGUGUCAGACGAGGAUUCGGACUCCGCUCGAAAGGUACCGCACCAGUUCCUCACAGAGAUCCUACGCUGGCGAUCACAGUCUACACCGGACCACAAUAUCUAUACAUUGCUCAAUUCUAAGAUUCAAGGGAAAUGGCCGUACCAGGUACAGGCACAGCUAACCAUGACAUGUUCUCAGCUUCACAAACGAGCGGAGAGAAUCGGCUCUAUGCUGGUGGAAAAAGGCAAGCUCAACACUGGAGACCACGUCGCUUUAAUAUACCACCCAGGCAUAGAGCUGGUGGCAGCGUUUUACGGCUGUCUGUAUGUUGGCUGUGUUCCCGUCACCAUCCGGCCGCCCCACCCACAAAACAUUUCCACAACCCUUCCGACUGUUAAGAUGAUUGUAGACGUCAGUAAAGCGUCGGCCAUCCUUACCAGUAGUACUGUACUAAAGCUGCUGAGACUCAAGGAGUCCAUAGGGAUUGUGGAAACAAAGGCUUGGCCGACAAUACUGGACACCGAUGACCUACCCAAGAAAAAGCUGUCCGCUAUCUACCGUGCCCCCACCCCGGAAAUGAUUUGUUACCUCGACUUCAGUGUCUCCACUACCGGCAUGUUGGCUGGGGUCAAGAUGUCUCAUGCAGCUGCGACCGCUCUAUGUCGGUCCAUCAAACUCCAGUGUGAGUUUUAUCCCUCGCGUGACGUGGCCCUGUGUCUCGACCCCUACUGUGGCCUGGGCUUCGGGCUUUGGUGUCUAACAAGUAUUUAUUCUGGUCAUCAUUCCAUACUGAUUGCUCCAUCUGAGGUGGAGACGAAUCCUGCUGUCUGGCACACUGCAGUCAGUAACUACAAAGUUCGAGAUACGUUUUGCUCCUAUGGAGUAAUGGAACUAUGUACGAGAGGAUUAGGGACAUCCACAACCACUCUCAAGGCCCGGGGGGUAAACCUUAGCUGUGUGCGGACGUGCUGUGUGAUAGCAGAAGAACGUCCGAGGAUCCAUUUGACCACGUCUUUCACGAAACUGUUUGCCAAUCUCGGUCUCUCGCCGCGGGCAGUUAGCACCAGCUUCGGCUGUCGGGUCAACCUCGGCAUGUGUUUACAGGGUGCCUCGUGUCCGGACCCCACAACCGUGUAUGUGGACUUGCGUGCCCUGCGUAAUGACCGGGUUACCCUGGUAGAGAAGGGGAGUCCCCACAGCCUCUGUGUCAUGGAAUCUGGCAAGCUCCUGCCUGGUGUCAAAGUGGUGAUAGCUAAUCCGGACACCAAAGGACAGUGUGCAGACUCGCAUCUAGGAGAGAUCUGGGUACACAGCCCCCACAAUGCCACAGGUUACUUCACGAUUUACGGCGACGAGUCACUCCAUGCUGACCACUUUGACUCGCACCUGGCCACCGGUGACGCGCGACUAUCCUAUGCCAGAACCGGGUUCCUUGGCUUUGUACGGCGCACAGAGCUCACCCAGAGCGACGGAGAGCGCCACGAUGCUAUAUUUGUGGUGGGAGCGCUGGACGAAACAGUGAUGUUACGAGGAAUGAGGUACCACCCCAUCGACAUUGAGAACACUGUGUCUCGCUCCCAUAGAAAGAUCUGUGAAUGUGCUGUAUUCACCUGGACAAACCUGCUGGUAGUUGUCGUAGAAUUGGAAGGAAAUGAGAAUGAGGCUCUAGAUCUUGUUCCCUUGGUGACGAACGUGGUUCUGGAGGAUCACUACCUCAUCGUGGGGGUCGUGGUGGUGGUAGACCCUGGUAUCAUUCCUAUCAACUCGCGCGGCGAGAAACAACGCAUGCACCUGCGGGACGGCUUUCUGGCUGAUCAACUCGACCCCAUAUACGUGGCCUACAACAUGUAGUAUAGUCAACAAAAGGAGAGCUCUACACAUCUGUAAGAUGUCUUCCAGUUUGAAGAAAAACACUAAACUUAACCUGAAUUUAACCAGCUCUAUAAGUAUAUGAAACCUUGGUAAUAUUGGGCAGUUAACUCUGAGCCAUCUCUGCGUCAAACCUUGAGCGUCUUUGUCAGUUGAGAUUUUGAGCAACUAUAUGUGAACCCUGCACGUUACUCGGCAGUUAGAACUGAACUAACCUGAAUGAUUUGAAGCAUUGAGAACCAUGAACAGUUGAAAUUGAAACAACUGUUUGGAGAAGAUUUGACUAUCCUGGGCAUGAACAUUCAAAUUUCUACAGGUUUUCUGUGGUAGUUUUAUGAUCAAUUUGAUGGUUCACAAUUUUGUUUUCUUGUUGACCAUAUGAUCAGAUUAUAAAUUUCGCGAACAGGCUCUAGGUCUUAUAAUGCGAACUGAAAGGUUGAAUGUGUAUGCUGCCGACAAGCUCACGUUAGAUGCUUCACAAGGAGGUUUGGCCAUUGAAGAAUUGAUGAAAAACACCAUACCAAUUGUUGACAUGGAAAGUCACUUGGAAGGUCAUCAUCUGACAUUUUACAAGGAUAUAUGUGGACCUUUCUUUGAGAGCCUUGCUUAUGCAAAUUUGGCCAUAGAACUUUUUCCUCAAUAUGUCAUAAUUUGUUACGUGGGUUCGAUGCUGCGACAGUGAACUUAUCUAUCAGAGUUGAAGGCGAAGAUUCAGAUCCUGAUUUUACAGCUAGGUCUGUCUGCAAUGUCUGAUUUACGGAUGGGAAGAUCUUUUCCUACGGCAAAGUACCUUGGUAUGGGGGUGAGGAAUAAAUUAUCGGUGGAAAAAUGUGGACCUGGUGACUAUGACUAAAGUGUGGCGGCGAGGAAUGAUAUUUAUGGACGAGAUGACCUUCUUGUUAUGACAUGAUUUGUCGGUGAGAACUAUUCACUGAUGGGAGGAUCAACGUGACCAAACUGUAUUGGUCCCGAAAAGCUGCCAUACUCUUUGUGUAUGUGUGGACAAUGUCGAUGUUGAAAAGUUUUGAACUGUCUCACAGCUGUGUGUGUGUGUGUUUGCCAUGUUAAAAAUGUGAGAACUAUGUUUCAGUUUUCGUCAGCUUCACAUGCAGUGUAAGCUAGAUGGCCUGAUGUAAGCAGGGUGUGUUUUGUUGAGAAGAUAGGACAUCCUGAUAGUAUCAUCUGUCUUUGAUGAUGAUAGCCAUGCUGAAACGAUACAAUUCAAAAUUCUAUUGAAGACAUGCGUUUUAUAAGCAACACAUUAUCGAACAGUGUUUUUAGCACAGAUAACUACUUCAGGUUUUUCCGGAAAUGUUUUUUGAUCUUUUGAAUGGAAAGAAAAUCUAGUUGUGGAUUUCAUUUUUAUUACAUUAAAGACAAUAAUAAUGAACAUUGAAUUGGAAAGUAGAUAUUCCAUUGACAUAGUAAACAUUUAAGAAACUGUUUUGUGAUGUUGCUAACUUUAAGCUUUUAUUCAAAAAGCCUAUUUCAGCAAGAACCAGGAGAUGCAAUGUUUUGACAUUUCGGCAACUUUUUUAUCAUACAGUGUUUGCAUUGGCUAUAUUUUUUAAACCUGCUCAUCUCAUUUUCUUGACUAUAUGCAUGUUUCCUUUAAAAUGACAUAGUCAUAUACUAACUAAUUCUAAUGUGAAAGUACAUUGAAAUAUUAAGAAAUCCUUAAACUCUUUUCCAUUGCUUGCAAGCAGGUCAAUUUCAUCUUUAGAUGAUUCAGGCAUAUUGAUAUGCAAAUAAUAGCGGAAAGGAUUGUAGUACAACAUUUUCCAAGUUUUCUAAGGUGAAAAUUACCAGUAGUUAUACAGGGUGUCUUGUAAGUUAAAAAAUCAUUUUAAAACUUUCCUCCUCUUCUGUUUGGAGGAAGAAAAUAUCUUCUAAAAAAAAAAAUCACUUGACAACAGCUACUCUUACAGAUAAAAAAAAAUUAAGGUCACUUCUAUUUAUUAAAACAUUAUUUACGGAGCUGAUCUACUUUUAUCAUUAUUCAUUCAAUACAUUGAGAUUUUGUAAGCAAUGCCAUUGUAGAAGGAAGUAAAAAAUUCAUGUUUUGUUUCUUGAUUGAAAGUCUGGAAUAUAAAGGUUUUUUUUAUUAUAUUAUUUUUGGAAGUCUGACCUGAAUGGAUAUAAAAUUUAUCAAACUUUCCGACUGUUGCUUAUAUUGAAAUGAUCAUAUGUCAUGUUGUAUAAUUAUCGCCCUGUUGAUAUGUUAUUAUGCUAGGAGUGUAUAUGGUGUAUAUAUGUAUUAAACCCUAUGUAGUCAGUAAGCUUUAGUGUGAUAAAGGUAGAUACUUUCCCAUUACGAGAUGUGCAAUAUUUACUUCAUUAACGAAAACAAAUCAUUUGUUACCACUGGGAAAAAAUAAAUGCUAUUCUAGAGUGAUUAUAAUCGCGAUACCACUGAGAGUUUUUUUUCUUCUUCUUGACAGUAUGACUAAUAUAGCAGAUAAGUUCUACUAAUUGGACAUACUCGUCAUGGAUGUACAGAUGUAUUAUGGUGCAACUAUGUGUUCAUGUGCUUGCUACAGUGGUGUAAUCUAAUUUUCUUAUAUUUUUACAUACCCUGUGUGUCAAUUGUUUCUUGUUUUGUUAUUCGUGUACUCUUUAUAUAUUCCACCUUUUUUUUGAGGAAUGUAAUUCAUUGGAACGCAAAUGCAAGUUGAAGUUAUUGGACAAUGUCCAUGUAAUGUAUUCUGGAUUUAAUUUAGAAUAUCUAGAAAUGUUUAUCAAGAAAACUAUUAUCAAAUUCAGGAAAACAAAAAUAGACUUCUUCAAUAAAUUAUCCCAUUUAUUGUUAACACUUGUCGAGAGUUAGCUCCCUUGCAAUUGCCUCCCCUCUGUGUGAGAGUAUGAUAGAGUUACCUUACCUACAGUUGUUUCCGCCUUGUGGUAGAAAAAUUGCUUGCCUCAAGGGAUUUACUUACUGUGCAAUUAUUUCUAUAGCAUUUUUGCAUAAGAUUUUACAUGAUUUUUUCCCCCCUUCACGUUUGAUAUAAAGUUUUGAUACUCUCGAUAUCGUGAGCUGUUAGUGCUUCAUAACAGGCCUUUUUGAUGGUCGUUUCUUGAUUAUAAUAUAGUGCUAAAAUCAACCUGACACAAUAUUUAUUUGUAGCUGACAUAGCCCAGCAGUGUGGCCAACAUAUUGGCUCUUUUGUUAGUGUCUUUAGGAAUAACUUCACCGAAGUUUGUGUUACCUUGCAACUGAUGCAGGCAUAGGUGUCAUAAGUCUUUGCUAUUAUAAUCAGAGUUUAUAAAAUUGCAACUGUAUUGCAAAAUCGAAAAGACAAUUUAGGCAAUUUAAAUUUAUCUAUCAGUACUAUUUUCAAAUAGAAGAAAAAAUUCUAGGCUUCGGCUGAUAAAGUGAAUAUUAAUUUUCAAACUUUUUACUUUUUCAUUAUGAACACAUACGUUUCAUUAGUUUAAAGAUAUUUUUUUGUUAAAAUGUUAAAUUAUUGAAGAAUUUUUAAUUGUUCUAUUUUUUGUGCUGAUUAAUAUAUAAUAUACACUGUAUAUUGAUUUCAUGACACAAGAAAAAUUGCUCUGUCCUGAUAUUACCCUAUCAUGUGUAUGGGAUGCCCCAGGAGCUUAGAAAUGAGGCCUCAAUUGGGUUUCUUAAAAACACAUUUCUUGUACUAAUUAGCCAUAGAAUUAACCAUACAACUCUCUUCCAGCCCUCUAGAACAUUUGAUGGAGUAUUUAUAUUAUCAUUAAUGGCUAAGAAACUGGAUUUAAUAUUUAAUGACAGGUAGUGGACUUUUAGAGAGAACAGUUUGUGGCAGAGAAGGUUCAGAAUGGAAAGUAGCAGUAGACAACAUGCCAUUUUAACUGGAAUCAUAAAGGCAGGGUGUUUAUUUGAUAGGGAUGCUGUUUACAGCAAAUAUGGUCAACACACUAUUGAAAACUUAUAUUUUCAUAUUUUUCGUGUAGUUAAUAAAUAUCUUGUUUCGAACAGGUGUUUUACUCUUGUUAGCUGUAUUUCUUUUUUUAAUCUUCUAAACACUAAAUGUAUAAUUUUUACUGGUUAUUUAAGAUCAAUUUUGUCUUAACCUGAAUUAUUUAAAAACAAAAUAGGAUGCGAAAUUGUAAUUUGAUUUAUUAAUUAUGAUGUUGUUAAAUAUUGAUUUUAAUCAAUGUUGCAUUUACUGGUGUACAUUUGGUACAGUGAGUAUAAGUUAGUAUUGAAUUGUUUAAAAAAAGUAAUAUAUGAAUUCUAUCAGCUUACCCUUUCUUGGCAUAAAUCGUAUAAGUCAAAUCUCACAAAACAAGCAGAAAAGUGUGGUUCUAAAUGUCAAGAUUAUGCCUAUCAGGACCUAUGAGAGCUACAUUUUUUCUCAAAUAUAAAAUGUGUAUACCUUAUAGGAAAGACUUAUCUCUGGACUGGAAACUGUGAAUGUAUUACAGAAAAAUGAAAUGGGGAAACAUUUGAAAAAAACCAAUUGCAAAGUUUUGUGGUACGGGUGCAGGUCGCCUGUUUUGAUCAACACUUACGAUCUUAUGCAGUGCUACUUUUUUGUACACAACACCAAAUAAAUGCUUUAUCUAUUUGGAGGUUACCUGUGUGUUAAUUAAGAUUUGUGCUACAUCUGACAGAAGCUUACUAUUGGCCAAGUUUAUAAUAAGCUAUUUUGUUGCAAAGAAGUUUGAGAAAUUGAACAGAAUUACAGUGAAAUAGUGUUUCAGUGUAGGAAAUUAUGCAAUAUGGAAAGGUUAGCAACAGGGAAAAGAUAUCAAAAUGGAAGACAGUAAAACAUGAAUUAAGUCCUGAAAACUCAUAUUUAUUAUGAAAAUAAUUUUGAUUGAAAGUAUUCCGUUACAACUAUUCCACGUUUUUUUUUAUAGUUUAACAUAUUUCUUGCCAAACCAAUUUUCUAAGAAUUAGGUAACCUUGCUCAUUUCAAUACAAUUUCUAUUGUCAUAGAUAUCAUCAAUGUUUCAUAAUGUCUCAGCACUGAGAUUCAAUUGAUACCUAUACAAAAUUAUUCGUUUAACAGUAUUUAUUAAAUAUAAUCACCACAACUUAGCACUGCUUCAAUAUAUAUAUAUAUCUGUAUGAUAUGUAAAUAGAAUCAUCAUAUAUACAAAUAUAGAAAACAGAGAAAAAAUACUGGAUUUGUAAACAACAAUAAACAGAACUAUUAUCUGUAGGACAUUUCUAGGUUCUCCGCUGCUUAAGUAGGAUUUUGUGAACCGUACUUACAAGAAACCUUGUCGAUAUUCAGGUUCAUUAUUCUUUGUUAUUUUUCAUACCGUGUCUGUGUGAACUACUUUCUAAAACUGUAUAAGGUCUGAUGAGCGAGUGCUUGUUGAAUGUUUCAUCUGUCAGAGUUCUUGAUGUAUCGUGAUUUUGUUCAAUAUUGUAACAUUCUUUCAUUAUAGUAAGGUGUGUCAUACAUGUAUGUACUAUUAAUUUAUCUUUUCUCGGUAUUGCUAGGCAAAGUUUUUGUACAAUUUUUAGCAUAUUUUUUUUUUGUACAUGCAUUUUGUGAGAAGGAAAUAUCCUUCAUGAAGACGUGAUGUCAUAUAGCUGAAAUAAAGCUCUUAAACUCUUA